AUGACCUCAAAUGAUGCAAUAAUUUUUUCUUCCUAAACAAUAUUAUUUAUAUUUAUAAAUUAAACGCAAGUAUAUCUGAACUUUUCUGGUGGUAUCAUAUGAACAUUUUUUGUUCUGUUUUUACUGUAGAUUCUGGACUCGUUCUCGGGCUACUGAGGUCGAUACAAUGUGCAUUUAGUAAAUAUCUUGAAAUCAUUUACAAGCCACUAGAAUUAUUAGAAAACAUUAAACAUUUAAAAACACUGAAUUGGAAAGUUAAGGGUCGAAAACCUCACCUUUAUGAGCAUUAUUGAACCAAUUAAUUCGAAAAAUGGCGCUAUGCCAUGAUUGUACUUAGUUAACCCCGUAGAUUGUUCGAGUUGUUUGCAAUAUGGCGUCUUAUCGGUGAGUGUUUACAGUGUGUAUGCAUGAGGUUGCAACCUACAUUGUUUAUAUUACUUCAAUAGUCUUAAACUUAACAGAGUUAAAAACUACAAUUAACACAGGAUCAUCUAAUACAGUUCCGUUUGGUUGUUGUUACUCUUAGGAAAUGUUACUUUUCAAUCUCAUUGCGGUGUUUUGGAAUCUUGAGUGAUCAGCGUGAGGCAACUGUUGACCGUCAUUCUGACCGAAUAAUGCUUUAUGUUCCGCGAUAAGGAAAAGCAUUGAAUUUCAUUGUAAUGCAACGUUUGCGUAUUUCCUAUGUUAAUCGGACGCUGUGAAAUAAUUCUUUUUUUAUUACUAGUAUCUGACCUCUGUAUUAAUAAUGUGGAAGUGAACAAGAAAUGCAGGUUACCUGUACCUGUCUCUAGAUAAAACGGCAUGGCAGAUACCAGACGCCGUGUGAAAUUGUAUGCACUAAAUGCUGAUCGUCAGUGGGAUGACAGAGGCACUGGACAUGUGUCAUCAUCUUAUAUAGACAGGCUGAAAGGCAUGUCAUUGCUAGUUCGUGCUGAAUCAGAUGGUUCUGUUCUUUUGGAGUCUAAAAUUUUACCAGAUACAGCUUAUCAAAAGCAGCAGGAAACACUUAUUGUAUGGUCAGAGGGUGAUAAUUUUGACUUGGCUUUGAGUUUUCAAGAAAAGGCAGGUUGUGAUGAGAUUUGGGAAAAGAUUUGUCAAGUGCAGGGGAAGGAUCCAUCUGUGGAUGUAACCCAAGACCUGGUAGAAGAGUCUGAAGAUGAGCGAUUUGAGGAUGUGACAGAUUCCGCCCCUCCCAUUGAACUCCCGGCUUGUGAGCUUAGUAGGUUGGAGGAAGUGGCAGAGACUAUUAGCAGUUGUCUACCCUCUCCUGCUAGGCGAGAAAAGUUAGCUAUGAUUUUAGAAUCAGAGAACUAUGUUAAGAAACUUUUAAAGAUAUUUCAUAUAUGUGAAGAUCUAGAAAAUUUAGAAGGACUUCAUCAAUUAUAUGAAAUUUUUAGGAAUAUAUUUAUGCUUAAUAAAAAUGCUCUGUUCGAAGUGAUGUUUGCGGACGAUACAAUAUUUGACGUUGUUGGUGCUCUGGAGUACGAUCCUUCGACUCCCACGCCCAAGAAACAUAGGGAUUUUUUACGCAAUGUGUCUCAUUUUAAAGAAGUCAUCCCCAUCUCCAAUCCAGACCUUAUAACAAAAAUUCAUCAGACAUAUCGCGUCCAAUACAUUCAAGACGUGUGUUUUCCAACUCCAUCUGUGUUUGAAGAAAAUAUGUUGUCUACACUUAGUUCUUUUAUAUUCUUUAAUAAGGUGGAAAUAGUUACAAUGAUACAGGAAGACUCAAAAUUUCUCACAGAAUUAUUUGCUCAGUUAACUGAUGAAUCCACUGAUGACCAAAAAAGGAAAGAACUUAUUUUGUUUUUAAAGGAAUAUUGUAUGUUUUCUCAAACGUUACAGCCCCAAAGUAGAGAAUCUUUUUUCAAGACAUUGUCCUCUCUUGGGGUUCUACAGGCACUUGAAAUAACAUUGAGCAUGGACGAUCCAGCCAUAAAAUCAGCAUCCACAGAUAUAUUAUCUUAUAUUGUUGAUUUCAAUCCGUCCAUGGUUAGAGAAUAUGCCCUACAGCAAGUGAACAAACAAGAGGAUGACCAACUUUUGUUAAAUAUCAUAAUUGAGCAAAUGAUUUGUGAUCCAGAUCCAGAAAUGGGUAGAGCUGUUCAUCUCUGUGGCAUCAUAAAAAUCUUAUUAGAUCCUGAAAACAUGUUAGCAACUGUAAAUAAAUCUGACUUUCUGAAUUAUUUCUAUAAGCACUGUAUGCAUGUGCUUAUAGCACCCAUGUUGGCUAACACUACAGAAGACAAACCCAGUAAAGAAGACAGUCAAACUGCACAGUUAAUGGGUCUAAUAUUGGAAUUGUUAUCUUUCUGUGUUGAGCAUCAUACCUAUCAUGUAAAAAACUAUGUAAUGCAAAAAGACUUAUUGGGAAGAAUACUAGUGUUAAUGAAGUCCAAACAUACAUUCCUAAUUUUAUGUGCUCUUAGAUUUAUGCGCAAAGUUAUAGGCAUGAAAGAUGAAUUCUACAAUCGAUAUAUUAUUAGUGGUAAUUUAUUUCAACCUGUUGUAGAAGCUUUCAAGAGAAACAAUGGCAGAUACAAUCUUUUGGAUUCUGCUAUAGUUGAAAUGUUUGAAUUUAUUAAAGUUGAAGAUGUUAAAACAUUAUGUGGCCAUGUAGUGGAGAGGUAUGGAAAGAUAUUAGAUAAAGUAGAUUAUGUUCAAACAUUCAAGUCUCUUAGGGUUCGAUAUGAACAACAUUUAGAUAGAAAAGACCGUACUGGUUAUGUAUGCAAUGAUGUUGUAAACAAUAUCAACUUACUUCGACGAGAUAUUCAGCGAAUGCAAGACGAAGAGGAAAUGUGGUUUAAUGAUGAAGAGGAGAUAGAAGAUGAGCCAGUGAAUGAAAACAAUAAAGAUUUAGAUGAUGAAUUUGAAAUAGGACUAAAUAAAAUUCUCGAAAAAAGAGCCCGAAAGGAAGAUGGAAAAGAAAAUAAAGCUGUUCCUUUAAGGUCAUUUUCACCAGUGUUAAAUAAUAGAAGAAGCAAUAGCCCAUCCAGUAUAACACCUCCUCUAAGUCCAACUGUUGAAGUGAAAUCUCCUCAGCUAACAAAAAAGGGAGGAUUAGUCGAUUAUCCAGAUGAAGAUUCUGAAGAGGAAGAAGACGAUGAUGAUCCUUCAAGUACACCUCCAACAAAGCGCCCAAGAGUAUCUUCAUAGCAUAUUUUUUAAUAAUUCGCACUUGCCGAAAUCACACAAAAAGUUGUACAGAAUCGUUUCCCAGUUUUUAAAAUCGAAGCAAUUUUGAUUCAUCAUGAAAUUUCUCGAAGCUAUUCUGCUGCCCUCUUCAUCACGUCAACUGCCAUCUGUGCCUGUCGGUCCACUGAUGCCAGACACGAGGAAACUCUUUUUAAUCAGAAUAAAUUCAAUAACAAUCCAGUGGACUCAAGUUAUGUGUUGAAAAAAAAUAAAACAGUGGAAGUUUAUGAUUGAAGUAGCUAUGUUAUUAUAGUACAUGAAAUAAUUUAGUUAUUAAAAAAAAUUGAAUUGUAUUAGAAAUGAUAAUUCAAAAAUUGUAUUUUUGUUAUUAAGUUUCCUGUUAAAAUUUCCUGAAAGCAUUCUGCAAAAUUAAGGACUUAGUUAUUGACUUGACAGCGCAAUGAUGGGAAGUUGCUUAAAAUUGAUGUCUUCAAACAAUAGUUGCCUGUUUUUAAAUAUCACUUUUUUAAUUUUAACUUGCAACUGAAGCUACCUCCUGUAAGCUCAUUGUAAAAGAAAAAAGUUUUGUUUAAAGGUUUACCACUGGCAAGUUAUUUUUCUAUGCCCCCCUAACCCUCCUGUUGCAAAAAAUAUUCGAAGGGUUUUUAUAUUAUGUGAUAGCAAAGAAAAUGGAUUUAUCGAUUUUACAAUCGUUUUUUGUAAUCCAAAAUUUUUCCCCUUUUUGUUCAAUAUUUGUACAGUGUUUUUUCUUUGCAGUCGAACACAUACUCUCAUUUGUAAAUUCAAACUGUUUUUCAUCAUUCAUGGAAUUAGCUUCUCAUCAAAACUCAUUACAUGGGUAAAUCGUGUACAUAGGUUAUGUAUGGAGUUUUUAUUAAAGAACAUGGUCAUUAGAAGUUUGUGUGAUCACAGGUUGUCAUGCAUUAUUAUGUGCAUGUUGUAUAUGUUUGUUCUUCCAUAAUGUCUUGUUACAUAAGUAUAUAAAAAUUUAAAAAAAAUACAAACUAUAUAUAUAUAUAUGUAAUUAGUCUCUUUCAUUGUUUUCUCAAAAAAUCAAAUUUAAUUUAUUAAUUCCCAUGCAUAUGGGUGUUGAGUAAUAAAUACAAAAAGACAAUCAUUUUUAUUCUGAUUGGGGGUUAUAAUAAAACAAAAUGUUCUAUGAGAAAGUAAUUUUCUUUCAGUAAUAAUUUUAAAAAUCUUUUUGCAUUAAAAAUAUUUUAAUAUAUAUUUAUUAUUUAUUUGUCUAAGAAAUAAAAUUUUUAAUACUUUUGCAAUAAAUAAAAAUCAAUGAAUAGAUUCAAAUAAGUGUAUAUUUGAUUAUAUUUUUUUAAAAAAUAAAUUGUAAAUUACGUAAAAAAAAUUUAUUAUUACCUAUCAGAAUUUUAACGUCAAGAAUAAUGUAUAUUUACAUGCGUUCCAACUAAUAAAAAGUGUUUGAUGAUUCAAUCAAAUACUUUGGUUUGUAAAAAUUAAGCAUCCACAUAUAUUAUGUACAAAUAUGUAUAAUCAAAUCAAACUUUUUUAAUGGACAUUAAAAUUUAUUCAAGCAA